UUUUAUAUGGAGUUGACCGCUCGAAAAUCUGAACAGAAUGCUCUGCUUAAUGGUACAAUUCUUUGCGAGUACCCACCAAACAAAUACUCACAUUUCUUUAAAGCACUAAACGACAAACAGCAACAACAACUAUUUAUAAACAAACGACGUGUAUGAGUAUAAUGGAUAGGAAAUCCAACAGAUAAGAUACGCAUUCCAUAAAAAUGUUUAUUUUCGAAAUAAUCAAUAAGUACACAUUCGGUUGCCAGUUGCGAAGCAGGUACAGGUGGUCAGUCGAUUAACAUUGCGCUGCUGGGUUAGAUUGGAGCCAAUAGAAGACGGUGAAAGCAGCUAUCACGGAACUAGAAAAGACGCCGUAGUUAUCACCACUAUGGACGAUAGGAAUAAAAACGUUAGAAGGAGGGUCAAUACACCGAAUGCAGAUCAAAGCACAACCGACCCACUAUUGCGCCAAAGGCAUACCGAAGAGAAUGUUGGCCUGAAAAGAUUUUUUGUGGAGGGCAGUAAAAUCAAAUGGCAGUGGGCUCCUGUAUUCCUGGGUUUAUGGAUAAUUCUUUACUACACUGUGGCCAUACCGGCAUAUCAUCGCCUUCCAAAGCCUCUAAAUAUAAAAGAUGAGGCAAAAUAUCCAGACAGAUUUAUUGCCGAAAGGGCCGAGUUGAAUUUACAAAAACUUAUUGAUCUCGGACCACGCGUUGUGGGCAGUUCCUCCAAUGAACAAGGUUCCAUCAAAUACUUUAAGAACAUGGUUCAAAAGUUGAAAAGUGAGGCUAAGGAUAUCUAUGAAAUUGAGGCCGAUGUCCAAAUAGCGUCGGGCAGUUACAUCCAUUGGGAAAUGAUCAACAUGUAUCAAAGCAUUCAGAAUUUCAUUAUUAAGAUUGGUCCCAAGAAUUACAAUGGCUCCUCGUAUUUGUUGGUGAAUAGUCAUUACGAUUCUGUGCCCGGAGGCCCUGGAGCGGGUGAUGACGGUGUGAUGGUGGCCGUUAUGUUAGAGACUAUACGUGUGCUGUCAAAAUCCGACAAGUCGUUAAAAAAUCCCGUGGUAUUUCUCUUUAACGGCGCCGAAGAGAAUCCCUUACAAGCUUCCCACGCUUUUAUUACGCAACACAAAUGGGCGAAAAACUGCAAGGCUUUGAUAAAUCUGGACUCUGCCGGAAGUGGAGGCCGAGAAAUUCUGUUCCAAUCUGGUCCGAACCAUCCUUGGCUUAUGAAGCAUUAUAGAAACUCAAUUGUGCAUCCUUACGCCUCAACAGUGGCCGAGGAAAUGUUUCAGAGACAUUUUAUACCCUCCGAUACCGAUUUUCGUAUUUUCAGAGAUCACGGCAAAGUGCCUGGUCUUGAUAUGGCGCAUCAAUACAAUGGUUAUGUAUACCACACCCGUUUUGAUCGUCCUGAGAUUAUUCCAAGAGGAAGUUUUCAAAACACUGGCGAUAAUGUUCUGGCCCUAGUAAGAGAAAUUGCAAAUGCUCCCGAGUUGGAAGACACUUCGAAAUACGCCGAAGGACAUACUAUUUUCUUCGAUGUUAUGGGUUCCUUUUUAGUAUUUUACACUGAGACCGAAGGUACUAUUUUGAACGUUGUUGUGUGUUUGGCUGCUUUUGCUGCUUGUGGCUACUCCUUUUUCCAAAUGGCCAACAAUGCGGGCAUCAAAUUACGACAUGUCCUAAGAAGAUCAUUGCAAACGUUUCUGCUUCAAGUACUUGCUGUGAUAGCGGCCACUACGCUUUGUUUCUUAGUGGGCAUUUUUAUGGAUCUAAUACAUUUACCAAUGGCUUGGUUCACUCACUCGUGGUUGAUUUUGGGUUUAUACUUCUGUCCUCUGUUUUUCGGUUUAGCCAUAGUACCCGCCCUGUAUUUUCAAUAUAGCAAAGACGAUCGUUUACCAAUUGGGUCCCGCGUACAGCUACUUCUGCACUGCCAUUGCCUGUUCUUGUCAUUCUUAACUUUAAUAAUGACUAUUUGUAAAAUACGAUCGGCAUUUAUGUUCAUGAUUUCGAUUCUGUUCUACACAACAGCCUUGAUUGUCAAUUUGGCGACAAAACUUCAUAAUAAAUCUUUACCUUGGUUGAUACCACACAUUAUCUGCGGUAUCCCUCCGUUUAUUUUUUAUGCUUAUCUGUCGCAUGGAUUCUUUGUCACAUUCAUUCCUAUGACGGGCCGUUUUGGCGCUUCUGUCAAUCCGGAUUUGAUUAUUUGUGCCUUCACGGUUGGUGUUGGCGUUUUGACUGGUGGUUUUAUGAUUCCUGCUUUAAAUCUAUUCCGUAAAUCGAAGACCAUAAUUUGCUCUUUGCUUGGUAUCACAUUAAUUUGCAUUAUUAUCGCUGCCACUCCGCUAGGAUUCCCUUAUCGACCAGAAACUAAUGUGCAAAGAUUUUCAAUAUUGCAUACACGCAGAACCUUUCGCGAUGCCCAUAAUGACAUACGUCGUGUGGACACUGGCUAUUAUAUUUUACCCCAGGACAGACGAACAUAUUCAGUCAAAAAACAUGCUAUCAAUAUGACAUUAGCUCAACCCAUUAUGAAUGAUUGUGAAAAGGAAAUGUUGUGUGGACUGCCAUUGUAUAAUCAUAGAUGGCACAAAGCUAGAGGUUCUAGUCUAUGGAUACCAGGACCUGUUCCUUCUUUUGAUAAAUUGCCAUCCUUGCAAGUAACUUCCAAAAAUCAAAUAAGUAAAAACAAAAUACGUUAUGACUUUGAAUUGACCGGACCGGAUCACAUGGGUAUAUUUAUAAGGCCUUUGAAUGGAGGAAAGGUACUCAACUGGUCCUUCCAUUGGACGCCGUUGCGUAUGGAAUGGGAACCACCAUUCUUUGUAUAUUUCUCAUAUGGCAUUAAUGGGGAUCCUUUGAAAUUUUGGCUAGAAAUUGAGAAAAAAGAUGGAAACUGGAGUACACCUAAUGUGGAAAUCGGCAUAGGUGGUCAUUGGAAUCAUCAGAAAGAAGUACAAACAGCCGAUUUCAAAAAGUUCCUUGCCAGUUUUCCCAAGUACGUCGAUGUUACAGCAUGGCCAGCUACGUAUGACACAUGGAUCUUUUAAAACAAUUAAUGUGCUGUAAACAAAAGCCCAAACUUCCAUGACAUUUUACUUCAUAAGUUGUGUGUUUAAAUUCAAUUUAUAGGCUAAAUAAUAAGAAGAUUUUUGUUCUUUUUUUAAUAAAA